AUGCCGCGCAAACAAAGGAAAGGGAGCACAAAGACCAACGGUUCCCCUGUGGAAGAUAAACAGCAGACUGCCUCUAACCAGGCCCUGACCACUAAUUAUGAAGAAAUACACAAGAACGAGGCAGAUGCCCUACGUUCAAUCUACGGCGACGAGUUCGAAGACGUAGAGACGAAACCCUCUGCGUGGAAUCAAUCCUCGACAAUAUCCUUUAAGCUGCAGCUCAAGGCGUCAUCGAAUCCAGAGGUUCGACUCUGCCUUUUCGUUGAACUGCCGACGACAUAUCCGAAAUCAGUGCCGAUAUUAAAGCUAGAAACCGUUCAAGAUGUCAGACACAGCGCCAAAGAGAGGCUUGAGGAAGUUCUAAGGUCCAAACCAGUAGAACUCCUGGGGUCCGAAAUGAUCUACGAACUUGCUGUUGCCAUUGAAGAUGUGCUGGAAGAUUCCGCCCAGGCACAGGCUCAAGAUAAAGAUUUACCAAGCCUUGAAGAGGAACGUAUCGUUCAGGAGGCUGCUGCUCUUCAGCAGGCCGAGAAGCUGAAACAGGAGGAGUUAGCUCGACAGCAAGAAGCAACCGUUGAGGAAGAAAAAUCGUUACAGUUGCUAGUUGAAGAUAAACUAAAGCAACGUCAACGGGAGAAUGAGCAGCUGUCUCGCCGCAAGAGUAGGACCAAUGCAGAAGACUUUGGUCUUUUGGAGUCUAUUGUCGAUGUCCCAGACGCGAUAUCGUUCGAUCCUCCAAUGGCCAUCACUGGCAUGCAUGACCGUCCUCUCUGGUUUAAGUCUGUUAGUGGGAAGAACAUGAUUGGUAAGUCUCACUACAAGGAAACAUUUAUAGUGAGGCCGAUUGCCCAGGGAAACACACCGUUGGUACCGCUGCUAGUCUUGAAGGAAAUAUUCAUCCACGAGAGUGAAAGUAAGGAUGUUGAUCUCCGGUUCCAGAUCAGCCUGAGUGAGGAUAAACUUGAAUUUUUAAAGAAGCUUCGUCAUCCCAACCUAGUGGAUUUCAUUGGCUUCAAAAUCCAACGUCCUAUUGAUUCAUACUCAGGUCAAGCGGGCACAUGGCACAUAUAUGCCCUCUUUGAGCAUGCUAAUAAGGGUUCUCUAUCUGAAUUACUGGAUAUCGUCGGCAGCGUUCCGGCAGACAAUGCUAGAGCCUGGAUGAUUCAGCUGGUUGAGGCUCUAGAGUAUUAUAAUCGCCAUGGUGUUGUGCAUGGAAAUAUUCACUGUGGCCGUGUUUUACUCUUCAGGAGUCCAUCGAGCACUACCACAGUAAAACUACUCAGUAACGUGGAGGAGGUACUCCCGCUAUCAUCCACGACCAGGAGAAGGAGUCUUACAACGCCAAAAUCUCCAUUCUGGCUACCUCCAGAGCUCGCAGGUGAAGGCAUGAAACCAACCAUCAAAACUGAUGUCUGGGAUUUAGGUAUUCUCUUCCUGCAAAUGGGAUUUGGAAAAGAUAUCCUACAACGCUAUACAUCAGCAGAUGCGGUCAUCAACGCCAUGGAACUAUCCCCUCAACUAGAGGACAUGCUCGUUGAAAUAUUCAGAUCCGAUCCUAAGAAGCGCCCAACGCCAUUCCAGAUCCAACCAUUUGAGUUUUUCCGAGUUGACACGCCGUUGAUCAUCCCUGUUGGAACUCCAGGCUCCUCUUCCCUCCCUAAUCGUACACGUCAUGACUCGCAGGGCCAUUUAGCAGCAGUCUCCCGUUACAGUCAUGAUUUUGAUGAAGUCGGCCGUCUUGGGAGGGGCGGCUACGGUCUGGUUGUUAAAGCUCGGAAUAAAUUGGAUGGCAGGUUUUACGCUGUUAAAAAGAUAUCCCAAAAGUCCCCUGUCGCUUUAAAGGAUACCCUAUCUGAAAUAAUGCUACUGUCAAGACUCAAUCAUCCUUAUGUUGUGCGAUAUUUUACGGCAUGGCUAGAAGAGAAUUACGUUGCGCUGAGUGACGAUGACGAUUCAGAUGCUAUUUUGUCAUCAGAUGGCUCUGGUUCGCACUCAGAAGAUAAUAUUGAGUUUGGUUACAGCACUAGUGGUCUGGAUUUCAUCAGCUCAAGCGGUUACCCAAAAGUUGAAUUCGGAUAUGAUACUGAUGAAGGAGAAAGUGAUACCAUUUCAGAUGGCACUGGUGUUCAGAAGAAAGGGACUGAUGCCAGUACUACGCAGGAGGGUGUAUCCCUUCGCCGAGUAAGAUCGGGCUCGCAGUCACGAGUCAUUCCUACAACUCUUUAUAUUCAAAUGGAAUACUGCGAGAAACAUACUUUACGUGAUCUUAUCAGAUUUGGAUUGCAUGAAAAUAUCGAUUCUUCAUGGAGACUCUUCCGGCAGAUCCUUGACGGUCUAAAUCACAUUCAUUCCCAUGGUAUUCUACAUAGGGAUCUCAAGCCAGAUAAUAUCUUCAUUGACAUGGCAAAUAAUCCGCGAAUCGGAGACUUUGGCCUGGCUACAAGUGGGCAGCUUAGCUCGACUGAUCGAUCACCUGCCCUGGAAAGCAUAGCAGCUGGGUUUACUCAGAGUAUUGGUACGACGUACUAUGUCGCUCCUGAGGUUAAGAAAGCUUCUAUGGGACAGUACAAUGAGAAAGUCGAUAUGUACUCCCUUGGUAUUAUCUUCUUUGAAAUGUGCUACCCGCUUGAGACUGGAAUGGAAAGGGACCGGACACUUCAGGAUAUCAGGCAAAAGCAGCAUACCCUCCCAGAAGCAUUCAACCUCCCGGAGAAGGUAGCACAAGGAGAAAUAAUUCUGUCUCUCAUCAGUCAUCGACCUAGCGAACGUCCAACCACAGCCGAGCUACUUCAAAGUGACAAAAUACCGCUCCAAGUUGAGGAAGAGAUGUUUCGGAAAGCAGUCAUGGGGCUCCUAUCCGACCCUGAAUCUCCGGACUACAAGAAAAUACUGUCUGCGAUAUUUUCCCAGCCUCAGAAGAAAUUUGAAGACAUCGCAUGGGAUAUAGACUCGCGUGCAAGUCCUACUGCUACGGAAUUGCUACUUCAUGGGAUGGUAAAAGAUAAGCUUACUUCAUUAUUCCGAAAACAUGGAGCAGUGGAAACGUCUAGACAGUCCCUCUUCCCACGAUCAUCCCAUUAUGGCCCAGGAGCCGUCCGGCUUCUAGACCCAGGCGGAAAUCUAGUCCAGCUGCCCUACGAUCUUACUCUUCCAAAUGCUCGAGCCCUGCCAAAACAGGAUUUAUCUAUUGAAAAGGCAUUUUCCUUUGGGACGGUUUACAGGGAGUCUGUCCAUAGAGGCGAACCCAGGGGUCAUAAAGAGGUUGAUUUUGAUAUUGUUUCUUAUAACACUUUAGAUUUACCUUUGAAGGAGGCAGAGGUAAUCAAGGUGCUGGAUGAGAUUAUCGACGAAUUCCCGCCAUUGAAGUCGAGUCAGAUGUGCUUCCAUCUCAAUCACUCUGACCUCUUGGAGGCUGUCGUCGCAUUUUGUCGCAUUACGCCCGAACAGCGGCCCAUCGUGAAAGAGGUUAUCAGUAAACUUAACAUUGGACAGUACACAAUGCAGAAGAUCAGAAGUGAACUCCGCUCACCGAGCAUUGGAGUGUCAUCAACAUCAAUUGAUGAUUUGUCGCGAUUCGAUUUCCGAGAUACCCCCGAGAAAGCAUUAAGCAGGCUUCAUGCUAUCAUGGAUGGCACCGAAUACGCGGAUAGAUUGUCACCUAUCUUUAACCGAUUGAACAUAGUUGUAUCAUAUCUGGAGAAGUUCAAAGUGAAGCGGAAGGUCUACAUCAGCCCACUAAGCAGCUUGAACGACAAAUUCUAUAACGGCAGCGUGCUCUUCCAGUGUGUGUUUGAUAAAAAGAGAAGAGAUGUCUUUGCAGCUGGCGGAAGAUACGACAGUCUGAUCCAAGAGUUCCAGCCCAUUUUACGCUCGAACCGUCCAAGAUCUCAUGCAGUUGGCUUUAAUCUUGGAUUGGAUAAAUUGAAUGGGUCGAUGACGAACUAUCUGAAAGGGUCUAAUAAAUCUUUCCUCAAACCAGAUGUAGACGUUGGGAAUGCAUGGCGCAAAAAUAAGUGUGAUGUAUUGGUUGCUAGCUUUGAUCCUUCUGUGCUGCGCACGGUUGGAGUUGGUAUUGUCUCAACUCUAUGGGCACACGACAUUAGCGCCGAGCUCGCGGCAGACACGACGCCUUCAAUAGAGGACCUUCUUAGCAGAUACGUUGACGAUAACUAUAGUUGGGUAGUUAUUGUCAAGCAGGACAGUAUUGAGAGAGGUUUGAGAGUCAAGAGUGUUCAGCGUAAAGAAGACUUUGACGUGAGGAGUUCAGAUUUGGUCCCCUGGCUUCGGAAUGAGAUGCGCGCUCGCAGGAAAUUCAAACAUGACCGACCCCCCGAAUCUCCAAAGCUGGUUAAACAUCCUAGUCAAGGCGAGGCCAGCCUUUCAGGCAAGGAGAGAGACUCAGAUGUUAGAAUACUGACGCCCCUUCACAAGAGUAAAAAGACGAAUAGGAGAAAUAUCGUUGAAUUUGCACUGCGUCGCUCUCGUGAAGUGCUCGACAAAGGCCUUGAUGGACCAAUUGCCGCAAUUGACGUUCGAGACGAUGUCCUUGAAAGUAUUCGAGACACUCGUCUCUCCGAUCCAGACAGCUGGCGGAAUGCGAUCCAAAGUGCACCGUUGGUUGAAAGAAAGUACCUAGGGAACAUCCAUGAGCUACUGAUCGAUCUUGCGAGUGAAGGCGUCGCACCGGAUGGUACUGUGAAGUAUACCAAUGCUUUCGUCUACAACUACCGGACCGGAAACUGCAUUUAUUAUGACUUGAAACGAGGAAGUUAA